AUGGCGCCGGAAGCAGACGAUGCAGCUUUUCUCACUCAGCUUUUUGAUGGUACCUCUGGAGCUUUCGGUCCGGACGAUAACCGAACUGUGAUCCAGUUCCUAUGGAGACUUCUUAAUGCUGGUCCUAACUGCACCGCCAAUUAUGUCAAAGGAGUAGCAACAGGAGGAUGCCGCAUGUGGAGGGGCGUGAAGGGGUUUUUUGGCACUGGUUUCGACUCGAAAAUUGUUGAGGGACUCCGUGACAUCUACGCCAAGUGGCACCCUAAGAUGAAGAUUGUUCUUGUGGGCUAUAGUCGAGGGGGCGUCGAGGCUUGCGUCGUCAGCAACAUCCUUUCUAUCAUUGGAGUUCCCGAAGUCCAGCACCUUCCUGGCUCUCACAAAGACUUUGCUCAAGUCGUCUAUGAAACCUUCAUGGCCGGCAAGCUCGAUGCACAAAAGGAGAGCUUGGAGGAUUUGUACCGAUGCCAGCCUGUUACAGUCGAAGCUCUACUUGCAUUCGACAACGUUGGAACCAUCGGAAUUCCACGGACAGGGAUCCUCAAGCCACUGAAGUUCUUCAAGGCCCAAAAAGACCCGGGAUUCGACGGUCAACUCCGUGGACAGACUAAUACAAUGUCUGAUUUAGUCCGCAACGCCGCACAUGCAGUGGCCUUCCAUGAGCUUCGCAAACCAUACAGCCCAAUUCUCCUCUAUAAAUCUCCGAGGAGUACCUGCAAUCUCAAGAAUGUCAUCUUCCCCGGCACGCACAGUCAUGCAGGCAAGCAAAGCGUAACUAGCGAUCCGAUCGAGGACCUGUAUCUGGCGUGGGCAAUUUCUUACCUCCGAGAUCUCGGUGUUCCUAUGAGGGAAACCAUGCUGCGCGACCGGUUUCCCGCCUACCGCCGCAGCGUGGCGACUUGGUCAGAAAUCGAGGAUGAAAUGGGUCAGGGCCGCGACGACUCCUAUGCACAAGGCGAUAUCAGUCCGAGACACUCGAUGGUCAUGAAGAUCGGAGCUGUUCUGCUUGGCAGGUCCACCCGCACUCCUAAAAAGUGGCUGAAGCCUUACCUCGAGGCGAACGUGCAGUUCCAUGCCGCUUUUCAAGCUCGCGAAGGCCGCGCCAGGGCCGCCGAUCCCGCUCUCGGCGGUCUCUACUACAAGCAAGGUCUCGCCGGUGGCAGCUACACCGACCGGGCCACUUUCCCGGCAAUUAUGGGUGGCCAAUCUCAAUCUCGCUCUCCAAGUGAUUCCAACACUUCAAUCACCACCUUUCGGGAGGCUGGGUUGACUCCAUUUGAGGAGAAGCUUCAUGGGACGCGUGGCCUGAGCCAUUAUGCAUCUUCCUGUGGUUAA